AUCCUUCACUACUAUUAAUACUUGAUCAAUUGUUCCAACUUCAAUUCACUCUAUAGCGCGCCAUGGAACAAAAGCAAUCACAGUCGAAAAUUGAUCACUCUCUUAAUAAUUUCUGUAUAGCCGUAGAUUCUGAUCACAAAGCCACAGAAUUUCGCCCAUUUUCAUUAUCUUCACCUCACAUGCGAGCUUUCCACCUCGCAUGGCUCUCUCUUUUUUCUUGCUUCUUCUCUACUUUCUCAAUCCCUCCACUUCUCGAAGUCAUUCGUAAGGACCUCAAUCUCAACCAAACAGAUAUCGGCAGAGCCGGAAUCGCCUCUUUCAUCGGUUCCAUUUUCUCCCGCCUCGCUAUGGGACCCGCCUGUGACGUGUUCGGUCCACGUCUCGCCUCCGCCACCCUGUCACUCCUUACUGUUCCGGUAGUACUCUCGACUUCUCUAAUCUCCUCCGCGAAAAGCUUCAUAUUAGUUCGAUUCCUCAUCGGAUUUUGCUUGGCGAAUUUCGUAGCGAGUCAAUUUUGGAUGAGCUCUAUGUUCUCCGGAUGUGUUGUUGGGCUUGCUAAUGGAUUCGCUGCUGGAUGGGCAAAUGUUGGCUCUGGCGUUACUCAAUUAGUCAUGCCGCUCGUAUAUACUCUGUUCACUACCUGCUUUAACAUCCCUUCGUUCAUUUCAUGGCGUAUUGCAUUUAUUUUCCCAGCGAUAUUUCAAACGGCGACGGCAAUUUUGGUACUCGUAUACGGCCAGGACUUGCCUGAUGGGACCUACAAACGUAAAAUUACAAAUAACCAAAGUGAAAAUUUUCUCAGCGUGCUUUUCAACGGGCUAAAGAAUUACAGGGGGUGGAUAUUGGGAUUGACGUAUGGAUUUUGCUUUGGAGUUGAAUUGACUACGGAUAAUAUAAUAGCAGAGUAUUUUUACGAUCGGUUUCAUGUGAAUAUUGAAAUGGCAGGGGCGAUUGCGUCGAGCUUUGGUCUAGCGAAUUGUGUGUCGAGGCCUGUGGGCGGGAUUAUUUCUGAUAAAAUGGGGAAGAGAUUUGGGAUGAGAGGGCGGCUGUGGAGUUUGUGGACGGUGCAGACGAUGGCUGGAUUGUUGUGCGUGCUGCUUGGCCGAGUGAAUACGGUUGGGGUGUCUGUUCUGGUUAUGGCCUGCUUUUCUCUGUUUGUUCAAGCUGCUUCGGGACUCACGUUUGGCAUUGUACCAUUCGUAUCCAAAAGGUCCUUAGGAGUGAUAUCAGGCGUGACAGGAAGUGGAGGGACUUUAGGCGCAGUGAUAACACAGCUGCUGCUAUUUUCAGGUUCCACCAAAUUCUCAACCCAAACGAGUAUAUCAAUCAUGGGCCUAAUGAUGCUCCUCUUUACUCUGCCAAUUACACUUAUCUACUUUCCUAGGUGGGGUGGAAUGUUUUGUGCUUCUUCAAAUAUUGAUGAAAACUACCACCUACUACAUUAACACUCACGUUGGAUCCAAAUAUUAAAUCGACUACUAAAGUAUAUAUGUGAAAAGUAUGUUAUAUAUAUAGCUAGGAGUUUAAAUAGCAAUUUGUAUUGAUUGUGUUAUUUAUAUUGUUAUAUAUGAGUAGUUAGUUAUUGGUGAUAUCGGUGUUUGGAGUAUUGUUUAUAAUACAAAAUUAUUAGAUAUCAU